AUGAUUGCGACGGAAAGUGUAGUUGUCAAGAAGGUGAAGAUUAAGUUUUCCGGAAGAAGAGUCGAAGCAGAACCCCAAUCCAGAUCAUGUGGGUAUGGGCAGCAGAAUCUGCUUAUUGAUGAUUGGACUUCUGGCGCUGUGAAUGGUAAGGAGAAGAAUGGCGAUUUGCCUUCUGAAAGCGAGGCUGAUGCGAAGUUUGGAAGUUCCGUCUCUGGUGCUAAUAAGCGUGGACCUCAAGUAGAGUUUGAAGUUGCAAAGAAGAGACAAAGGAUGGAUCGGGCUGUUACGCAACAAUGUUCUGCCAUUUUAAGGAGACUAAUGAAUCAUCAAUGUGGUUGGCCUUUCAAGCAACCGGUCGAUCCAGUAAAGCUAAACAUACCGGAUUAUUUCUCAAUCAUAUCAGAGCCAAUGGAUUUAGGGACAAUAAAAUCUAAGCUCGAGAAAAAUAUGUAUCGUGGAACAGAAGAAUUUGCGGCUGAUAUUAGGUUGACCUUUUCUAAUGCCAUGUGCUACAAUCCACCCGGCAAUCAGGUACAUAUAAUGGCAGAUAUGUUGAAUAAGAUCUUUGAGACGGGAUGGAAAGCUCUUGAGGCAAAGUGGAGCAAUGGAGAAACUAGAAUAGUGAAGGGAUCCGCAUUGAGUAGACAAAGUAGAGAAAGCAGUGCCGUGGGACAAAACGGUCCCAAUACACCUCCUCAGUGCACCAGUGUGCCUCAAAAUAGGAUGCAAACGGGAGAUAUGGUAAAGAAGAACUGUGAUGCUACUACUUUAUUAAAGAUUAAGGUUUCUAAAGUUGCACAGAGUUGCACAACCAAGUCAUUAGGAAAUAACGACAAAGGCACUGAUGGUGCUAGUGGACAUGCUUGCCGCUCCAAGUGUAAUGCAUGUGGCAAUACAACGUGCCGAUGCAGCGUUGCUGGACCAGCUUCUGCAUCUUCAAUGGAGAAGGACCGAGAUCACGAAUUUACUAUUGAUGCUCCAAGAUCGGCUAGGAGCUCGUCUGUGGUGCAGGCCAGUAAAUCUGAUCCAGAUUCUGAUGGAGCUGUAAGUACUGUGGACGAUGGAAAUGUCUGUCCUAGUUCCCACCUUGCAAUUCCAUCUACGGAUGCCACAUGUGGGGAAGGGUGGAGUGCUUCUCUCCUUGACAUACCGCUGUCACCUAAAAAGGCCCUGCGUGCUGCAAUGUUAAAGAGUCGCUUUGCUGACACCAUCUUAAAGGCGCAACAGAAAACACUACUGGAUCAGUGCGAUAAGGCAGAUCCUGUGAAGAUGCAACAGGAGAAGGAAAGAUUAGAGAGAAGGCAGCGCGAAGAAAAAGCAAGGAUUGAAGCUCAGAUCAGAGCAGCAGAAGCUGCUGAGCGAAUGAGAGCAGAGGCUGAAGCCAGAAAGCAAAGGGAGAGAGACAGGGAAGCUGCUCGAAUUGCACUUCAAAAGAUGGAAAAGACUGUCGACUUUGAGGAAAAUCUCAAGAUUCUGAAGGAACUGGAGAUGUUGAGUGGGUGUUCCGGUUCAUCACCUCGUCUUGCUGAUGUUGAUGAUGGAUCUGAAGUGGUAUCAGGAGUGUUUGAUGGGGCUCACUAUAGGAAUCCGCUGGAGCGCUUAGGCUUGUUUAUAAAGGACGAGUUUUUGGAAGACGACGACGAUGACAAAAUUUUGAUUGGGGAGGAGGGUGAGAUUCUUUCGUAGCCGACAUUCGUAGUUCCAAUGGGGUUGCAGCUGAUCUUGUGUUUUUUCUCAAUUGCUAUAACCUCUUUGAGCAACAAUAGAGCUAAAAUGUUGCUGUAAAUCAAUUCCUUUUCUGGUGGAAAUACAGAGGUAGUAGUGGUUUGGUGAUUAUUUAUUUAGCAAAAUGCUACAUGUUAGGGACAGCUUGUUUGUUGGAUGUCUUGUGUUGUGACUGAUUUGAGAAAAGCGUGUCGUGCGGUGUAUAAAUUGAAACUUUGGCGUACGGUAACGCGAAUGAUGUAUUGGCCCUUCGAUGAAGUGACUCAUAAUUUUCAUUCAUAA